AUAAGACGUGGCGGAUAGGACGUGCCGACAAGUUCGAUAUCGCGGACGAAACUGGUGAAUUAUUUUCGCGAGAGAUGCGUCCCAUCGAAUUGAUCGUCGUCGCGGUGUCCGUCGUCCUCGUCUCGACCAUCGUCGUCGAAACGCGUCCGUCGGCCGAUGCGAUCGACCAGCAGAAUGUGGAUUUGAAACAGCAGCCGGAUUCGUCCUCCAGCCAACAAGACAGCAGCAGCGAGGAGAAAAGGGCGAAAGGUAAGGUUAAGAGGGAGGCGGACGACGUUGCGCGGAUUUUGACGGAGGAAGAGGGACAAGUGCCCGCCAGGUUGGAGCGAUCGGCCAGGAAGAAACACAACGACAACGACGACGACGACGACGAUAGUAGCAGCAGCAGCAGCAGUAGCAGUAGUAGCAGUUCCAGCGACGACGACGAUAAGAAGAGGUCGAGGAAGAAGAAGAAGAAGAACGAAGACGAUGAUAGCGACGAUAGCGAUGACGAUGAUUGCAAGAGACUCAAGAAGUUGAAGAGGAAGGGCGGUUGCAAUGACAGCGAUGACAGCGAUGACAAUGAUUGCAAGAGACGCGACAAGUCGAAGAGGAGGAAUGGCGGUUGCAACGAGGACAACGACGACGACGACGACGACGACGACGACAGCGAUGACGAUGAUUGCGGGGGACGCAAGAAGAAGAAGAAGGGAGGCGAUUGCAAUGGCAACGAUGACGAUGACAACGAUAACAACGAUAACAACGAUAACAACGAUAACAAUGGGAGCGAGAACGAUUGCAAAAAUAGAAUACGCAUGAGAAAGUACAAGAGGGACGUUGAUGGACAGGACAACGAUUCAUCGAGCAAAUCCUCUUCCGAGGAGAAGAAUAAACCGCAGCAGUUAUGACUCGUUAAACCUCUAUAAAAAAAAGGAAGAAAAAAGAAUCAAAUAGUGGAAGUCUUUUAACAGUAGAAGGCGAUUUUCAUACUUUAUUUAGGAUACGAGGGGGAACGAGAAAAUUGAAGAGGACUAGAAGCGGAGGAAAGAAGAAACACGCGAGAACGCGGACGAACGUCGUAAUUCACGAGGGAGGGGGGGAAAAAAUGCGGCGAGUGCCGCAAUAUGUAUUCUGUUUAUUACGAAUUGCUCGUUCGCGGAUUAAACGCAAAUUAAAAAGAAAAAGAAAAAGAAAAAAAUAU